AUCCCGGGAGGUUGUCGGGAUAAAAAGUUUGCGGUGGCGGCCAGAGCAAAGUUUGGAGAGGGGGAUAUUGUUGUAAACGUGUAUCCGUGAGAAUAUGACCGACGCAGAAGCGCAGAGCGCCCCACCGUCGGCUCCGGUGGAAGAACAGCCACAGCCGGAGAGAAAAAUUAUAGCCACCGCAGUCCAAGGCACCGUGAAAUGGUUCAACGUGCGCAACGGAUAUGGCUUUAUCAACAGAAACGACACCAAAGAGGAUGUCUUUGUUCAUCAGACUGCCAUCAAGAAGAACAACCCCAGGAAGUUCCUUCGCAGUGUUGGGGAUGGGGAGGUGGUAGAGUUUGACGUGGUCGAGGCCGCCAAGGUAGGCAAACCUGGCUCGGAGGCAGCCAACGUGACAGGGCCUGGUGGUGUUCCCGUUAAAGGCAGUCGGUACGCACCCACCAAACGCCGUUUCCGCCGGCGUUUGUCCUCUCGCAGCCCCAGGCCCGGUGACGAGAAGGGCGACGGCACCUCAGGCCCCACUCCGGAGCAUGGAGGAGAGCACGACGGAGAGCGGCCCGGAGACCGGCCCCCACCGCGCCGGCGCAGGCCCCGCCGACCCAGACAGGAAGGGCAAGAGGGCGAGCCAGGGGAACAGGAGGGAGGCGUAGAAGGCGACCAGCAGAGGCCUCCACCGCGUAGGUUUAGGACCCAGUACCGCAGGCCAUUCCGUCCUCGCGCACCUCCCGGGGAGGUUCAGGCGGGUGCUGCCACCUCAAAGGGCCAGGCAGCAGAAGGGCAGGAUGUGGUGAAGGAGGCCCAGGAGGGCCAGCAGACAAACGGGGAGCAGGCCAACGAAGACGGCCAAAAGCCCCGCCGACAGUUCAGCCGCCGCAGGCAGAGGAACUCAGAGUCUAACUCUGUCUCUAAAGAUGGGACAGAGAAGCCCGAAAAGCUAGCCUCGGAACCUAGCACUCCCCUUCAGACAGCCAUGCCAGCCGACCUCAAAUCCUCCCCCAAAUCCUCCCCCAAAUCCUCCCCUAAAGGCUCCCCCAAAAUGUCCCCCAAAAUGUCCCCCAAGUCCUCCCCCAAAUCACCAGAGCCACCUGCCACGACAGUUCCCGCAGACACAGAAUGACGCCCAUGAUGAGACGGUGUAACGUUACCCCAGACAAGAGGUUCCUAGGGAGGGUUAGCUGGGGGACCGAGCCCCUCUCACCACACCCACCACUGUGCACUACUCUCCAAUUCCCCCAUCCCAUCUUACCGACCCCCCUGACUUGUCUAGCUAGACACUGCAUAUGGGAGAAGGAUGGGAGGGAGUUGCAUGUAUUCAUAAAUGUUAAAAUGCGCCUAGAAAGAUCUAGAGGAAAGAAAGUAUUUAAAAAUCUGCUUGGAUGCCCAGUUACUCCACAAACCCCCAGCUAGUUUACUUUAAUUGACUGAGAAUGGGCAUGAGCAGUAGAGGACCCAGCCGCUAUUUUAAGUUUGAUGAUGUGGGAAGCGUGUGUGAGGGUAGUGGUCCAGGAGUUGUGACGAUAACCUUGCCACCCCCCUAGUUUGUAACAUGCUGCAGCCCACACCCUAUUUGGAAAAUCAAGGCCGGGGGUUGGUUUAAAAAAAUAUAUACAUUUUUGUUCUACUUAUUUUUGUAUGUGCUUUUCUUUUGGAGGGGAUUAUGUGCAAUGUCAGUAUCUAAAUGUCGAUAAAAUGUUUGCGAAAACCACAA